UCAUAAUUUAUUAUUAACGUUAACUAGCUCUAAACAACAAGUGUAUGGGUAUCGAAUACGCGAUAAACAUUAAGGCAGUGUUCAUUCUACAAACGCAAAGGGACGAUCGACUAUGGGAAAGCGUCGUAUUUCCACCACCGCAGGGGAAACUUUCCAGGAAUUCGCUAGCCAUACCAGCGUACAUGGGUUCAAGUACCUAGUGGAUAAAAACCUGGAAAAAUACGAACGGGGAUUGUGGUUAUUGAUUAUAACGUCGAGUUUGUGCGCUGCCGGUUACAUGACCGUACUGUUCUGGGAGAGGUACAGCGACAAUCCAACCAGGACUACGAUAAAAGCCAUUUACGCACCUGUCGCGUCCAUCCCCUAUCCCGGUGUCACGAUCUGCAACGUCAACAACGUACUCAAGAGCAAGUUGGAUAAGUUCCUGUCAACGCUUGACGCGACCGACGACGAGAUCGAAACGGUUCGGAAAACUUUCCGCAAGCUGCGGUUCUCGCAGCAGAGCGCGUUGGCCGCGGCGACCGCAGAGUACAACCACACCGAGUUGGAAGUGGUCCAGGACGUUUUGAAACGCAACGAUUUCGAUAGUGUGCAAAGGAUCGUAAGACGCGUGUCCCAAAGUUGCCCAGAUAUGAUCCAGAGUUGCGCGUGGAAUAAAAACGAACCAUGUGCGCAUCAAUUCCGAGAAACGUUCACGGCCAACGGUCUGUGUUGUUCCUUCAAUUACGUACUUGACGUAUCGCCCGAUCAAAUGUUGAAGAACCCACAAUACGGAACCUCGUCAGGCUUGACGGUAACCGUGAAACCUGCGCACGAUCCUGUGACGUCGUCGCUACGAAAAAUCAGAAGGGUUAAGGUGAUGAUACACAGCUCAGGCGACUACCCGGGCAUUGACGCAUUGACGAAAGUACUGAGCGCCGGAGAGUUGUGCUACUUGCAACUGAAGGCUUCGAAGCGGGAAAGCAGCCCGUCAGUGAAAUCGUUGACUGUGCGUCAGAGGAAGUGUGUGUUCCCCAAUGAAAGAACGCUGAAAUAUUUCAAGUUGUACACUGACUCGAACUGUUUUAUGGGUUGCCUAGCGAAUCAAACUUACAAGCACUGCGGCUGCGUUCCCUAUUAUUACGACUACACAGACAAACCCUCCUGCAAUUUGACCAUGCUGCCGUGUCUACAACAUAUCAAAUCCAUAGGUACUCACGGGUGUUACUGUCCGCCUCAGUGCGAGGACGAAUCCUACAACGUAUUUGCAACUUCCGCCAAGCUCGAUAACCGGGUCAAGAGUGCUUGGACCACUAAGAGUUUGUUAGGCAUCAACGAUACCGAAAAAUAUCUCAUUAUUAACGUCCAUUUUAUCGGAAAUGGUCAACAAAUCUUGCUGAGAGACACCAUAACUUCGACAAUCUAUCUGUUGUCAUCAUUCGGAGGCGUUUAUGGCUUAUUCAUCGGGUGCAGCAUUAUUUCCUUAACCGAGAUAUUUUAUUACGUCAUCAUCCGUUUCGGGCAGAAAUUGAGGGAAAACCAGAGGAUCGAAGCAAAAAUCCACACCAUAUCCAGCAAGCUGAACCAAAACAGACUCCAAAAAGAAUCCAUGGAAAUUUAUUUUCAGCCGCAAUUUCCAUUCGUGCAAUAAAUUUUAUUUCAAGGGUUGUAAAUUGUGAUUGGUGGUCUAAAAUAUUCGCGUUCUGUUGCAGCACUUAAAAAGCUUGGUUGUUUAAAUUUUGCUUGUCAGAAUAAACGCUA